AACAAGUAAAUAAUAAAUGCUACCUAAGUCCAAAGUAUACUUCGAUUUUGAUGCGAACGCUCAGCGUCUGCGUACUUAGCAGAGAUUCUAUUAAAAUGAAGAGAAAUUGGAACGGCCAACGGUCAACGAAUGUAGAAAAAAGUCCCACUUACAGAGACAAUCACUUUUUAGAAACAGACAUCACCUAUCAAGCAUCUCGAGAACGUGCAUGCGCAUUAGCUAUACAAGCCGGGAAAAUUGCGUGUUUUAGCGUUAUAUGAGUUUAAGAAGCCCAAUUUAUGACUCCAAUAUUAUUAAAUUUCAUUGCUGAUUUGAAAUAUGUUCUUUGAUCAUAAUCUUGACAACCGUUUUUGAGAUUUUGGUCUUUCCCCAUUCAAGAGCUGCACUGGCACGACUGGAAGUAGCCUCCCGAGAGCGUUCCAAAGACCGCGACACUGGACUGACUUAAUAGAAAGACUUUGAGUGUAGUCAACUUGACAGUACGCGCAUAUACAGGCAUUUGGCGCAUGCUCGCUACGACUGCUAUGAGACGCCGUAUUUAGACCCAUAAAGAUGUCUUUAUAUUCCUUCAGACUUGAGCUUUACAAAUGCAGGUAUCUCCUGACCUCCUCACACACACGCUCUUGACGUGCAUAUCUGCAGUUGUUGUUUUACCUUCCUCUCCUGUUAUUUCCCGGCAAUUAUGUCCUUCUUCUAGCAUUUCUUCAUAACAGCAACGGCUCAAAUGUUAGUGUUGCCACCUUGUGGAUCCACUAAUUUGUGCAGAUAAUUUUAGGCGAAUAUACAGUCUGCGCAUUCAAAGACGAGCGGUUAGAAAAAUCGGUGCUGAUGACCAGAUUUGCGUCACGCGUCCUGUACGCGUUCGAUCGAAGUAUAUUUGGGCUUUACUCCUACUUUCAAGCUACAUUCACCAAACUUUGAUCUGACCUUCAGGCUGCUCAGACUUAUUGUGCUUUUUCUAUUCAUCCAUCGAUCUAGAUAGCACACAUCUCCAAGAUGUCUGUUUAAGAGUGUUUCAUUUGGUAAGCAUUGCAUCUGCUCAUUGUAAUUGUGAAAAAUUGAUUAGAAGUGACAAAGGCAAGCAGGGCCGUAGCUAGUGGGGUGAAAGGUGGUAACGAUUCUAGGGGCCCAAAGGUACAGGGGGGCCCAAAACAAAUUCGAAACUGAAUUUCUUUUGUAGGUAAGGGGCCCAGAGCAAUAUACAGUCAGGGGGUCCAGAAUUCCUUGCUACGACCCUGAAGGCAAGUGUUAUGUCCUAUUAAUCUCAGGCUCAGAAUCAGACGACAGGGGUCCUGGGAGCUGCUAAAGUUAUUGAAGUACGCAGUGAAGAGCAGCUGGAUGACUACAUCACUGAGAUAGACAUCCUCGCAGCAUGUCGCCAUGCAAAUAUUAUAUCUUUGCUGGACGCCAUCUUCUUUGAGGGCUGGCUAUGGAUCCUUAUUGAGUACUGCCCUGGAGGAGCCCUGGAUGAUAUCAUGUUGGGUGGGUUAAAGGCAUAAGCUGGAGCGGGGCCUUUCAGAGCAACAGAUCAGUGAAGUGUGCUGUCAGACUCUGCAAGCUCUGUCUUACCUGCACCAACAUCACAUUAUACACAGAGACCUGAAGGCUGGCAAUAUUCUGCUCACGAUGGAGGGACAUGUCAAACUAGCUGAUUUUGGUGUGUCUGCAAAAAUGGACAAUACCCUUCAAAAACGAUCAACUUUCAUUGGAACUCCAUACUGGAUGGCACCGGAGGUGAUCAUGUGUGAAACAUCAAAGGACAAUCCCUACAGCUCGAAAGCUGAUAUCUGGUCACUGGGCAUCACUUUGAUUGAGGCUGCUGAGAUGGAGCCCCCUCAUCAUUCUCUCAAUCCCAUGAGGGUCCUACUGAAGAUCACCAAGUCUCCACCACCCACACUUUCCAAUCCUCGCCAGUGGUCAUCUCAUUUCCAAGACUUUCUGAGGCGGGCAUUACAUAAGAACCCAGAGUCUCGUUGGGGAGCCCAACAGCUCUUGGCCCACCCUUUCUCUUACUCUGGGCGAGAUGGGCGAGCCCUUAAAGAGCUCACUGCUGAGGCAAAAGCAGAAGUGACUGAGGUCAUAGAGGCUGAGUCUCUUUUAGACUUCCAGUGUUCUGUGAAUGAGAUGCUAGCGACAGAGUCUGAGCAAACACAGCCACAACCAGUACAAGCAGUUGAAGAACAAAGACCACAUGAACCUGAGAGUCCUCAGAAGACCGUAGAUGCUGUUCCUCAAUCUCCCACCAACUCCGAGCCAAAGAGUGAGGCUAAAGUAACUCGCAGGGCCUCCCAGGCCACAGAUAAAUCACAAAAGAGGACAAGACGCCUCUCCGUCCCUGGAAACCUGCUUUCGUUUCUGACAGGGAGCUCUCGUCAUUGCAAAUCUGGAUUCUGGGGUGACAAUUCAGCCGUUCAGGGAACUAAAGACUCUGAAGAUUCCAUUGCAGCGAAAACUGUAGCAAAUUGUCUUUCGGUUUCACAGGGAGAUGACAGCCAUGAGAGUGAAUGCACUGACAAACUCAAGGAGCAAACAUCUGACUUAGUUGAAGUUAAAAAUAAUGAGGCUGCUGUUGCCAAAGACAAGGAAGCUAAAGUAGAAACCGACAAGCAAGAAACAAAGAACAUAAAUCAUUCAAGCACACAAACACACGUGCAAACCGAUAUCUCUGAAAAGAAAACACUAGAUCUUACCAAGCUGGACUCUGAUGCUGAUGAGGAUUCAGGCCACAAUGACCAAACAUUCUGGAAAUCCCUCCAAAAACCUGCUAUUGUCAACAAAAUCAACCUUCCUAGAGCAACGCAUCCACCAACCACACUGAUUAAAGCUUUAAGUUUGGAAACACCACUAACCAAAAAGUGCAAAAUGGACGAGGACAUUUCUAAAAAUGAGUACCUUGAUUUGGCCUGUCCUUUGAAAACAUGCAGUUCUCUUCUCACAGUUGAUAUUAACAAAUUUUUAGCCGUUGAGAUGCUAUCUAGUAACAUACCUGAAGAAAUUCCUGAUCUACAGAAAGGACAACAGACAACUGAACCAUCAGAAAAUGACACUGUUGAGGAAACAAUCAUGCUUGUUGAAGAAAAAACUGAUGUAGAAAUAGCAGGGCCAGCAGAUAUGGAGACCAAUGGAGGAACAGAAGACGAAACAAAAUUGGAAAGUUGUCAAGAAGGCAAAGACCUUAAUGGAGCUGAAGAUACAAGUACAGAAGAAGCCACCAUGGAAAAGCACAUUACCAUGGAGGUAGGGGAUGAGAAUGUCAACGAAUCCAUCAACAAAGAUUCAAACGAGAAAGAGGAAAGCAGUGAAAAAGGCAAAGAACUGAAUGCGACAACUGAUACAGGGACGGAGCAAGAAGAACAUUUAGCCACCAAGGAAAGUAUGCCACCAACUGAGGUGGAAUCAAAAAACGAAAAUGGUAAAACCACAAGACAAUCAGAUGAGAUGGAAACACCCAUCCAAAUUAAGGAGACAAAGAUCAUUGUUUUACACAAUUCAGAGAGAGAAAUAGAGCUAUCAACUAAAGUAAAUACAGAAGAGACCAGUACUAAGGGGGAAAUGAGUGUCAGUGGCAAUGAAGGAGAAACCGACAGAGAUGAGAAAGUAAACUGUUCUAAAGAGAAAGAUGUUGUUACUGAUUCAGAGGAACCUAAACAAGAAUGUAACCAAAGGAAUGAUAUUAUAAACUUACAAAACUCCAAAGGAGACCAAUCGAAAAGCAAAGGUGAUGAUACAAUAGAUGUGACUGGACCAAAGCUGAAAAAGCAGGUGAUGUUUGCACUUGAGGAGGACAAAAAAAAGCAAGAUAAAACCGAUGAAAGGCCACUUGCAAAUGGCAUAGAAGAUUUAGACCUAAUACCACCACAUGUUGGAUCUAAUGGAACCACAACUAAGGAAUCUAAUGGUGACACAAUUCCACCUCUUUCUCCAACUACAGAGCCAACUUCCCCUCAUCUGUCCACUGGCUUUGAAGGGGACUUACACCCAAGCAGGAGGACAGUAAAGAAAACUCGAAAAUUUAUGGUGGAUGGUCGUGAGGUCAGUGUUACCACCUCCAAAGUGGUUAGUGAGAGAGAUGGCAAGGAACAACAAAUGCGCUCCACCAGACGGCAGGAGCUGCACGCAUUGAAGCUCUUGCAGAGAGAGGAGCAGAGAGAGCAUGCGCAUCUUGAGCAGAAACUCCAGCAACAGCGAGAACAGAUGUUCCGCCACAUAGAACAAGAGAUGACUAGCAAGAAGCAAUACUAUGACAGUGAGCUUGAGAGACUUGAAAAACAGUACCAACAGCAAAGCAGUCAAAUGGAGGCAGAGCACACAGGCCGACUCAGAGAGGAUGCAAGGAGACUCAAGGCACAGCAGGAGAAAGAGCUUAGCCGCAAGAGCAGUGCCUUGAAAGCUGACCCGAAAGAGGAACAACGGUUCCUGCAGAAGCAGCAGCAGGAACUGAAUGAAGCUCUGCAGAAAGGCGUUCAGGAACAUAAGAGGAAGGUGGCGUCCAUGGAAUGGGAGAUUACAGUAAAAUCUCAACAGCUCAAGCGAGCUCGUGAGGCAGUGAUUUGGGAGUUAGAACAGCGCCAUCUACAGGAGAAGUACCACCUUUUCAAACAGCAGGUGAAGGAACAGUACUCCCUGCAAAGACAGCAACUGACGAAGAGACACAACAAGGAUAAGGACAGAGCAUCUCGGUUCCAGCAGGUUCUUCUAGAGGAACAGAAGUCAUUGCAGGCCCAGGAGAGAGCUUCCUUUCAGAAGGCCCAGAAAGCUGAAGCCAAAGCCCAUUUGAACCAGUUCAAGGUGGAACUCAGGAAGCAGGGUCUGAGCGGUCCUGAACAGCGUCAGCGUCUCACACAGUUUUUGUCAGAGGAGGAGGCCAGACAGAAGCAGGACAGGCAGGGUCUGCAAGAGAGUCAUGAGAACCAGCUGAAAGCAGUGCAGGAACAAUGUGAUGCCAGUGCUUUUGAACUGCAGCAACUUCAGAAUGAGAAGCUUCAAGUUCUUGUGGACAUGGAGAAGAAAAAGAUCAAAGCUCUGGAAGAUGAGCACACCCUGGAGCUCAAUGAAUGGAGAGAUAAGCUAGCAUGCAGGAAAGAGGUGCUAGAGGAAGAUCUGGCUCGCAGACGCAGAGAAAAAGAAGGAACAAGAAGACGAGGCAGUGAACCUGAAAACCGACAUGCAGCUCGUCGUUCAAAGUUCUUCCCAAGCCUAAGCUUCUCUUGACCAAGAAUGGAAAUAUUUUGCACCUAAACCCCAAUGUUUUUAUGUAUAACUUUUUUUUCAAUAUCAGGAUUUUAGGUUAAAAUUCAUAUGUGUCUAAGGAAAAGUGUAGGUAACUGAUCAACAAUUCAUUAAAGUCUUUCACCAGUUUUUUUUUUAUUUUUUAUUUAUUUUAUUUUUUAUGAUUUUUAAUUUAUAUGAAUUCAUUAUACACUGCAUAAUACAACAAUUAGAAAACUGUUGUUUAAAAUAGUUUUAGAUGAGAUUAGAUUUGCAGUCAAACAUCAGGACACUGCUGCUACGACCCAUAUAUAAAAACAUAUAUAAUUGUUUUUUAUAAAAAUAUAAAGAUUUUGGGGUUUAGACUGGUCACCUGUAUUUGGAGUUUGUAUUUCUGUAAAUGUGUUAAAACUUGUUUAGACAUUAAGUGCUUUGUAAGUGUGCUUUACAGCCUUAAAUGAAAAUGUGUAUGUAAAUAAAUAACUAUCGGAGACAAAGGAUCUGUUCAUAAGAUAUAUCUUCUGGUGGACUUGUUUGAAACUUUUAACCAUUGUGCCCUGCUCAAAUCGGGCUACAAUUCAUCAUGUUCCCGGAAAAAAAUGUCCGGUAACCAGAGUUGGAGCCAGGAUAAUUUACCCGAGGUGGGCAUCUGAAAUUUCAGAGGGGGCACAGAUUUACCACUUGUUGUCUAAAAGGCAGUGUGAGUCUUGGCUUUGAAAGAUCUUGGCUUUGAAAGAUAUAUGAUACUUGCAUAAGCUCAAAGAUACAUCACCAAACGUUUGAAAUAAACAAAUCU